AUGGGCUGGGGAGGCGCUGCUUUGACGUAUUUUCGCCCCGCCAACCCAUGUGUACGUUCCACUCGCCACGCGCGAUACGAAGCAGUUGUCGAGAUGUCAAGACCAGACGCCCAGGCAGCGGCAAAGAAGAUGUACGACCAGCAGGUUCCUGACAUGAGCGCAGACAUCCUCCGCCAGGCGAUGGCGAUGGGCCCAGUCGGCAAGACCGAGCUCACGCACCAGAAACUGGUGCCCGAUGCGUCUGAGGUGGUAGCGAGCAAGACUCCCCGGCCAUUACCGAAGGACCGAACAAGGGCGAUCGCGAAGAGCGGCGAGGUGGAUGCCGAGAAGGGCUUUCUCACACAAACUCAGCUCGCGGCGUUCUUGGAAAGGAGGGUGGCAAAUGGCGCCGGUGCUCCUCCCCCGGCAGGCCUACUGGAGGAGUUCCAUGUCUCGGAGGAGGACGCGGCCGUGCUGCUGCGCUACUGUCGAGCGCCGGACAUCCGCAUGUACGAGGACGUCAUGACCGCGCGAUGGCACUGGCCCACCGGUGGCGGGGAGAGCGGGUCUGAGCUCAAGUCGUCGUCCUGACGGCGACGAGUGUCGACGAAGUUGUGUCUGUCCGCGUGGCGUGGUUUGCGGCGUGGUCCGUUCCGUUUGUCGUCAGGUUUAGGUUUCGUGUCAGCGAGGAGGGGCCAUCGCGGUGUCAAUCGAGCUCAUGGCCGCCUGUGUUUUUUCGCAGCUUUUGGUGAUGAACAAAAAAGAGAAGAGGACCAGGCAUUUUUUCACCUUGGCUGCUUGACUGUUGCUUCCUUCUAGUAUAUUUUCGUGUCUGCCUACCUGACCGUGCCGGGUAAAUCGCUGGUUCCUUGUUGGUUGCACGACGAGAUUCUGCUGCCAACCCAAGCGUAGUUUCCGCCACAAGCGGGUAUUGGCGACAGCGAGUGUUCGAGCGAGGGAUAUCCCGGGCGUUUCCUCGCUUCCCACAAGGGCAGCUUCAUUUUUUGAACGCAGGUUUUUAGCGCAGCGUUUUGUGAAUGAAGAACACAAACACUUUUUUUUACGAUGUUUUCGUCAACACUCAAAUGAAAACACAGGUGCACGAGGCCCAGCUCGGCAAGCCCACGCAGAGAAACAGUCAAGCUUGGUUGGAAAUUCGGCUCUCUGACCGCGCACAAUCCGCGCGCGUUUGGGUUGUGUGCCAAACAUCUCAAGCAUACGCGCUGGUCAACCCCCAAAAGCAGGUGUUACAACGUUCAUGGCACUCCGUACUCAUGUGUGAGCAAGGAAAGCAAUUAUCUCCGCGAAAUACUCGACCGCGAUACAAACCGAAGAACGCCGGACACGGCGAGAGGCUAUUCUCGACAGAAAUUCCGAUACCAAACAAUUCAACAAGAAACUCUAAUUCAACAAUCCCCUCCCGUUCCGGUCUUCCACAGUACUGGCGUCCCCCCGAUCAUGGCGUGCAAACGUCAAUGAACGAGUGCACCCAUGCAUGCGGGUGGCUCGCGUUCCCAGCCUGUGGGGAACAUGUGUUAUGUUUCUUGAUCACAAGAGCUCUCUGUACGGCCCUAAAAUCGAUGCGCGGAUCAUGGCAGAAAAACUAUCGGCGACGACCGACAUGGAUCACCAGAAAUCUCACGAGAGAGCCAAACAGACGCGCGCUGUCGUCGCAAAAUAUACCUGAAAUCAAACCUAGGUCUACGGUCUAAGGUCUAACGAAACAGCUGCAUCAGGAGCAGCUGCACAGCAAAACAAGUCAAAAUAUCUUGAACCGCCCCAGCUCAAGGGAGGGGAGCAUCGGGGUCGAAUACACUCAAAAAGAGUCUGAAACCUAUCGCCUUUUCCUCUCUUCCUUGUUUGUUUCCCAUCUGGGGCAACGAAACACGCAAACUUAGACGCAAAAAAAUCUUGGAAUUGCUGGCGCGGGCAUCAUCGGCCACCGUACCGUACUACAACACGGAACGACCCAUCCGUACCGGUACGCCAGAUCCAGCCCCAGGCAGGAAGGUAGGCACGUUCCCAAAGGGCGAACAAACGUCCCCGGCGCCUAAGCACGCCGUUUCUAAUACCAACGACCAACCCGCCGAUCUCUUAGUACCC